AUCACAAAUCUCUUUCUCGGGAAACGCAACUGGGUCCCAUUUCCAUAUUCUUCCAGACGCAAAGCAGAUCUAAUCUCAACCGUAAGAUCAAACGAACGAUUCAGAUUAAGAAGCAUAUCGUCAUUCCAGUCUCGUCGGUCUUCAUAUGAUAAAGACGACGCUUAGCCCAUAAACAUUCGCUUUCGAUAUAUCAGUCACAAUUCACAAAAUAUAGCGGAAGGCAAAUUACCUACGUUAUCUGAAAUCAUCGGUGAUCUGAGGCGACUCUUUGUUCGUUGUGGAGAUGGAGACCGAGAGGAAGAAACUAGAACUGAAGCACCUUGGAUUUGUCAGGACGGCUGCGAUUCAAGCACUGAUGUGCGUGUCGAGCUUGUACGACUACGCCAAGAGUAACUCGGGGCCGUUACGAUCGGCCGUUGGGACCGUGGAGAGUGCAGUGACAACCGUCGUCGGACCUGUCUAUGAUAAAUUUAAGGGCGUUCCUGAUCAUCUCCUUGUUUUUCUCGAUAAAAAGGCGGAUGAAGCUUCACACAAGUUCGAUAAACAUGCUCCACCAGUGGCAAAGCAUGUGGUGAGCCAUGUCCAUAUUUUAAUAGAGAUGGCCUCGCAGAAAGCCCAAAAGUUUGUGAGUGAGGCUCAGACUGGAGGCCCACGCGCAGCUUUGCAUUAUACUGCUGGAGAGUGUAAACAUUUCGUUCUCACAAGUUCUGCCAAGGCGUGGCAUAAGCUAAACCGCUAUGCAAUCUUCCACACCGUGGCGGAGAUUACAGUGCCAACGGCUGCCCAUUGGUCAGACAAGUAUAACCAUGUCGUUUUGGACUUGAACAAUAAGGGUUAUCCGGUCGUGGGCUAUCUUCCCGCGGUUCCCAUUGAUGAAAUUGCCAAGGCUUUUAAGCAGACUGAAGCUGAGAAGAAAGUAAAUAGGACUGAACCAGGUUCAAGCUCGGAUUCUGAUUAAGAAGUUUAUUUUACUCGAUUUAGUUUGCUUUACCGUGUUAUCUGGUUUGCGUAAACGCGUUUGGCAAUGUGAUUUAUGACUCUUUUUUGUAACCAUGCCAUGUGGAUAGUAAUGACGCUGUAAAUGACUUAUAGACUUGAUUUUCCCAUGUGAAUUAAUGCUGCAUAAAUUCUGUUUUUA